AUGCCCGUAGAGCCUGGUCUUGCAGGCUCCAGCCUGGGGGCCAUGGCCAGCUUGGUCGCGAGCGUGGCCACCGGCAUCGGGAGUGUGAGUGGGAGUGGGAACGGGAAUGCGACUAGCGCAGGCGCAAGCGCAAACGCAAACAACACGACAGGCACAACACCACCAAAGGCAACAAUGACAGCGACCACGAAGGCUGCGCCGGCACGGACGCCAGCUGCAGACGUUGCGAUCCCGGCGUUGUUGGCCUCGGGCGUGCCCAUGCGCAAAGUGUCCAGCAAGAAGAUCAAGAAUGUGAUUGUCACUCUGAGCGCGAGCACCAUUACGUGGCCGUCGCUCAAGGGCGGGAAAGUCGACAUCCAGUCCAUCCGCGAGCUUCGACUCGGCCAGUCCCCAACAGACAAGUAUGACGGCGCCCGCUGGAUCACCAUCGUCUACGUGCGGGACAAGCAGUGGAAGGUCGUGCAUCUCAUCGCACACACCGAUGACGUGUACGAGCUCUGGGUGCGGGCACUGCGCGAUCUCGUGGCUGUGGCCAGCGACCGUGUGGUUUCGGGCGUGGGCGCAGGCUCCGCUGUGGGGGCGUACACGGCCCCGACGCAUGGUCCCGCCGCAGACCCGGACUUGCGGUUUGUGAGGCAGCUCUGGCCGGCGGGUGUCGGCAAAGUCGACCGAGCGACGGCCAUGAGUUUGUGCGCGCAGCUUGGGUUGGUGGUUGGCCCCCGUGCCGCGGCAAAGUACGAGUUCCCUCUCGACCUGGCUGCCUUCCGCCGACUCAUCCGGGACAUCCAGACGCGCCCCGAUCUCGACGACUUGUACCGCUCCCUCGCGUCCGCCAACUCUGACGGACUGUCGCGUGAGGCUGUGUUCGCCUUUCUGCGGGACAUUCAAGGCGAGACGGACGUUUCUGGCCACAGCCGUGACGUCCUGUUUGACCGGUUCGCCGACGCCGUCACUGGCCUGUGGAACGCAGAGUCACUGGCUUCCUUCCUCGCCUCGCCAGACAACCUCCACAAGGUGGCACAGGACUACACACGGCCGCUGUACGAGUAUUUCAUUGCCAGCAGCCACAACACGUACCUCGUGGCGGAACAGUGGCGCGGUGCGAGCACCGUGGAAGGCUACAUUCGUGUGCUGCUUGCUGGCUGCCGUUCCGUUGAAAUCGACGUCCACGACGGCAACGAUGGCCUCCCUGUCGUUUACCAUGGCAUGACGAUUACAUCCAGCGUGCCGAUCCGAGACGUCUGCCAGGCGAUCAACAAGUACGCGUUUGUCACCUCACCCUAUCCCGUGAUCAUCUCGCUCGAGAUCCGGUGCUCGGUUGUUGCUCAAGACCGUCUUGCCUCAGUCUUGAAAGAGUCGUUCGGGGACAGGCUCGUCACGGAACCUCUCAACGAUAUAGACGGUACCCCGAGCCCCGAGGAGCUCAAGGGCCGAAUCUUGAUCAAGACCAAACCCCAUCCCGUGCCCGCCUCACCGACCGUGUCAAUCUCGCCGCCGGCGCCACCUGGACAUGCCCUCGUUACGUCGUCUACACAAGAUUCUACCGACUCGACCACAGAGUCAGACUCGAGCCUGGUCCGCUUUGCCCGCCGUAUCUCACUUUCAGCUGGGUCGGGGAACAAGGACGCCCCCACACCACGAGCCAGUCCCGCGUCGCCGUCAAACGGCCACUCACACCGCCUCACAGAACUCCCGGUCUAUACGUCUGCGGUCAAAUACCGUGGCUUCUCCAAACUGGUCAACUAUGAGCCGCACCACAUGUUUUCGGUAUCGGAGCGCACUGCCAACCGCAUCCUGCGCGAGGGACAGGAAGCCGACUGGAUAAAGCACAACUUUACGCACUUGACCCGCGUGUAUCCUAAAGGCGUGCGCUUGACCAGCUCGAACUUUGACCCAAGGCCAUACUGGUCUGCCGGCGCGCAAAUGGUCGCCAUCAACUAUCAGACACUGGACUCUGGGUCGCUCUAUAAUGGCGCGCUCUUCCAUGAUGGCGGAUACGUCCUCAAACCGCCUGCCCUGCGCUACAAGAGCACGGAAGCGUCGGCCAAGUAUCGCGUGCGCGUCAAGAUCAUCUCGGCGCAGCGACUCCCACCGCUCGCCGACCUAUAUGUGGAAGGUACGAUCGGCGAGACGACAAUCAAGACUCGCCCGACCAAGGCGGCUACCUUGGGACCGCAGUGGGACGAGACCAUGGAGUUUGACAUCACCACCAAACCGUCCCUUCUCUCCCUCGUCUUCUUGCACCUCGAGCUCAAGCUUCCCAAAGGCGUCGUCGCGCAAUGGACCAGGCCACUGCCCGACGCCGGGCGCGGAUACCGCUACCUGCCGCUGGACGACCGCGAUCGCUCGCGAUACCUCUUCGCCACACUGUUUGUGCGCAUUGACGUCUUGUGCCUCACCCCACCGCCUUCGCCGCCGGCUAGUCCAAGGCUUAUGAUGCCUGAUCUCGGCGGCGAGCUGUUCGCCGGCGACAUGUUGAUGCCGCCGGCAGGCAGGAGUCCUCGGCGCACGCCGAGUCCGAGGCUGCAGAGGCGGUCCGAGUCGCAGCUGGAUGAGGAGAUGGGCGAUGACGAGUAG